CAGGGGCCCGCGGCCUCCCCCGACCGGGGGGCGCGGUGACAGGCCGCGCGGGGGCGGAGGGGCGGGCUCGGAGGCAGUGGCAGCCCCUCCUCGGGCCUGCGGCUCCCUACGUCCCCGCGGAGCGGCCGGCAGUAAAGAAUGCUGAUGGAAGAACCAUUUUCCUAAUUUUCAAAUUGUUGAGCUGGUUGCCAUGAUGGAUGAUCAGCAAGCUUUGAACUCAAUCAUGCAAGAUUUGGCUGUUCUUCAUAAAGCCAGUCGACCAGCUUUAUCUUUACAGGAAACCAGAAAAACAAAAUCUUCAUCACCAAAAAAGCAGAAUGAUGUUCGAGUCAAAUUUGAACAUAGAGGGGAAAAAAGAAUCCUUCAGUUCCCCAGACCAGUUAAACUGGAAGACCUGAGAUCUAAAGCUAAAAUUGCCUUUGGACAGUCUAUGGAUCUCCAUUAUACCAAUAAUGAGUUGGUAAUUCCAUUAACUACCCAAGAUGACUUGGACAAAGCUGUGGAACUGCUGGAUCGUAGUAUUCAUAUGAAGAGCCUCAAGAUAUUACUUGUAAUAAACGGAAGUACACAGGCUACUAAUUUAGAACCAUUGCCAUCACUAGAAGAUUUAGAUAACACAGUAUUUGGAGCAGAGAGGAAAAAGCGGCUUUCUCUAAUAGGUCCCACUAGUAGAGAUAGAAGCUCCCCUCCCCCAGGAUACAUUCCAGAUGAAUUACACCAGGUUGCCCGGAAUGGGUCAUUCACCAGUAUCAACAGUGAAGGAGAGUUCAUUCCAGAGAGCAUGGACCAAAUGCUGGACCCAUUGUCUUUGAGCAGCCCUGAAAAUUCUGGCUCAGGAAGUUGUCCAUCACUUGAUAGUCCUUUGGAUGGAGAGAGCUAUCCAAAAUCACGAAUGCCUAGGGCACAGAGCUACCCAGAUAAUCAUCAGGAAUUUUCAGACUAUGAUAACCCUAUCUUUGAGAAAUUUGGAAAAGGAGGAACAUACCCAAGAAGGUAUCAUAUUUCAUAUCACCAUCAAGACUAUAAUGAUGGUCGUAAAACUUUUCCAAGAGCUAGAAGGACCCAGGGGACCAGCUUCCGGUCUCCUGUGAGUUUCAGUCCUACUGACCACUCUUUAAGCACUAGCAGUGGAAGCAGUAUCUUUACGCCAGAGUAUGAUGAUAGUCGAAUAAGGAGAAGGGGAAGUGACAUAGACAAUCCUACUUUGACUGUAAUGGACAUCAGCCCACCCAGCCGCUCACCUCGUGCUCCAACCAACUGGAGAUUGGGCAAACUGCUUGGCCAGGGAGCAUUUGGCAGGGUCUACCUCUGUUAUGAUGUCGAUACAGGAAGAGAAUUGGCAGUUAAACAAGUUCAGUUUGACCCUGAUAGCCCUGAAACCAGCAAGGAAGUAAAUGCACUUGAGUGUGAAAUUCAGUUGUUGAAAAACUUGCUGCAUGAGCGAAUUGUUCAGUAUUAUGGCUGUUUGAGGGAUCCCCAGGAAAAAACACUUUCCAUAUUUAUGGAAUAUAUGCCAGGGGGCUCAAUUAAGGACCAAUUAAAAGCAUAUGGAGCUCUUACUGAGAAUGUGACUAGGAAAUACACCCGUCAGAUUCUGGAGGGCGUACAUUAUUUGCACAGUAAUAUGAUUGUUCAUAGAGAUAUCAAAGGUGCAAAUAUCCUGCGGGAUUCAACAGGCAACGUCAAACUAGGAGAUUUUGGGGCCAGCAAACGGCUUCAAACCAUCUGUCUUUCAGGGACAGGGAUGAAGUCUGUCACAGGCACACCAUACUGGAUGAGCCCCGAAGUAAUUAGUGGAGAAGGCUAUGGCAGAAAAGCAGACAUCUGGAGUGUGGGCUGUACUGUGGUGGAAAUGCUAACUGAAAAGCCUCCUUGGGCAGAAUUUGAAGCUAUGGCUGCCAUCUUUAAAAUCGCCACUCAGCCAACAAACCCAAAGCUGCCACCUCAUGUCUCAGACUAUACUCGAGAUUUCCUCAAACGGAUCUUCAUAGAGGCCAAACUGAGACCUUCAGCUGAUGAACUGUUAAGGCACAUGUUUGUGCAUUAUCACUAGCAGCCAGUAACCUCUCCUGUGCCUCUACCCAGCUCCCAUCAAUUCAUUCACCUUCUCUCUGACUGCACUUUUCUUUUUUAUAAAAAAGAGAGAUGGGGAGAAAAAAAGACAAGAGGGAAAGUAUUUCUCUUGAUUCUUGGUUAAAUUGUUUAAUAAUAAUAGUAACCUAAAUUUUUUAUAUUUAAUCUUUUUUUUCCCUUAUAAGAACUUGAAACUCCUUUUUUUUUUAAUUUUUUAUAAUGUACUGAUGUGGUUCAGAGAGAUAAAGCACUUUAGUACAUAGUUGCUCUUUUUAGUACAAACAAAUCAUUUAGAAUACCUAAGGAUUGUAGAGUCUUUCCCCAUGUCACUAACAGAUUGGUGGUGAUGGGGAGACAUGGAAAACAAGGAGAAGAAAAUGAUGUAUGAUUUGUAGUUUUUAGUGAUUAGUAUUUAAAAUAGGUCCUCAUUUGUGGGGUUGAGCCCUAAACUUGAGUUUAGGGUAGGUACUCAAAGAAUAUAGGUUCCUUCUUAGAUCUGUAUUCUUUAGAUCUAACCUCUGUCUACCAAGCUUUUUGCUCAGUAGGAAUCUUGAUAUAAAAUACGAAUCUCUAAGAGGUAUGUUUAUUUGUUAAUCCUAACCAGUAUAAUAAGCAAAUACACUAUAAUAGAUCCAUGUUACUGGAAUCUGUAAACCUUGAGGGAUAGCUUUCUGCUUAAAAAAAAAAAAUACUAUUUUAGAGUAAAGCAGAUAUGGGAAGUCAGUGAGCAAAUCCAAAUUAAAAGGCAAAAAGAGAUUGCUCUAAUCCAGUGUGUGGGCAGAAGAAUCCACAUUUGCCAGUUAAUAGAAAUAAUGAAAAGAAGAACUAAAUGUUGUUUAGUAUAUUUUAAACUAUGGUCUUUAUUGGAGGGAGGAAGUUCCAAAAUUAAGGGAAAAGAGAAAUAAUCAAAAUCAUGUAUACUAUAUCUUCCUAUUUCUAACUCCUGAUUCACCAUAGAUAACAUUCUUUGGGAACUAAGAAUUUAACUUGGGGUAUCCACAUGUUAAAGCUAGUGUCAUGAGAUAAAAAUCCUCAUUCUUGGGAUCACAGAAUACUAAAGCACCUCAAAAAAUAGCUACUGUGUAAAAUAGUGGUUCACCAGUGUUGGGUGGGGAUAAUUUUGCUUUGCAUUUGGCAAUGCCUGGAGACAGUUUUUCAUGUCACAACUAGAAGGAUGCUAGUGGCAUUGGGUAGUCUUGAGGCCAGGGAUGCUGCCAAAAAAACUACACUAUACAAAUACAGCAUCCCCCUCUGCCAACAAAGAAUUAUCCAGACCAAAAUAUUGAAAGUGCCGAAGUUGAGAACCUGAUGCAAAGACCAGCCCCAGUUAUAAACUGAAAAUAGCCAUUUACAGAGUAGAUUCCUUGCUAAAAGUAAAUUUCAGAGAGAAAAUGAUGCAAUGCAAAAUAAGGGUUUUACAGGAGCAGAUACCACUACUUCAAGUCAAGGGUGAACAAUCUCAACAAACAUCAAAUAGCAAUCCUUUCCUUACCAGCUGUGUAUUACACCCAAAUCAAUAACUUCCAUUGUAGAAACAAAAUGAAUUUAAAUAUGGAGCCUAUUAAACCCAGCCAUCUGUAUAUAUUCUUUCCUCAAAAGUCAGUUCAUAAUUGUGGGAAAAGAAAAGCAUAUCAAAACAAACUAUUAACUAUUUUAUAGGAAGGUUUAAAACUGUCAGGUAUUUCUAGUGUAACAUAUCCACCAAGAGCAAGGACAUCCAGUGGAAAGAGGCAGCUGGGAAACUCCCACUAUCUCUGAUUUCUGCUACUGAAAAAUAUGAAUAAUGCAGUAAUUUAGCUACUUGCAGUUUGCUUCAGCAUAUUAAAGCAAGUGCUAAGUACUUUAUUUUUAAAGGUUAGGAAAUAUUAGUCUUUCUGGAGGCCGUAAAUGUGAAGCCUUUCAUAGGAUUCAUAAGGGACUCUGGUAUUUUAUUUUCUGCUAAGAGGUAUGCUCUUCUAGGGACUCUUUUAAAAUACGUUGUUUCUGAAGUUAGGUAGAUCUUGGUUUCCUGUAUCAAGGUCCUAUCUGGCAUUUUCUGUAGGAAUAUUUGAAAUUCCACUAGGUAGUCUGAGAAAAAGUCAAAGCACAAAUAUGGUUGUCAAAGCUUCUCCCAUACCUUUAUGAUCAAAGGAAGCAGCUUGCAAGGAAGAAUAUUAAUUAGUGGCCCCUCCCCCUUGAAAAUCAACUGCCAAAUCUUGUGCUAUAAACAUAGUCCCCAAGGAUGUGGAUCUAUUAUAAUUUCUUUUGUCUUUUAUGAGUGAAGGCAUCUCUUCUGCUUGAGCAAGAUCAUGGUAUCUGGACCAGUGGGCUUUUCCUUCAUUCCUUUGUCUUGUGUGGUUUUGAUUUCCUUUUAGCUCAUUUUUGGUCUGGCAGGGUAACCAGCAGUGCAGAAUAUGAGACAAAUGCUCUUUAGGGAGAAAUCUUGGGGGGGCUGUGAAACCCAAAGCAAAACCGUUUGCUUUUUCCAGUCUCUUUUUCUUCUCUAAAUGCUGUGGAAGAUAAAAUCACCUGUACUUUAACACUGCUGCAGGAGACCUUUGUUUUAUAAGAAAAAUAUGGGAAAGUAUUGUUCUUUAUGUAAAGACUUAAAAGUAGACUAAUAGUUUACAGAAUUAUUAUAUAAAAUGUGAUGUGAAUUUAUUUCAAACAAGUUGUAAAGGUACCAAAAAUGACAAUAAAAGUUAAUAUAUAUAAGAACUACUAGAAGAAAAAAGCUUGAAGUGGGAUGAGGUAUGAAAGACCAAAAGUAAAUUUUAAAAAAAUCUUUGAAAGGAAACCCCUCUAUUAGUAUUAGGGGCAGUUAAAUAUGACACUCCAAUUUUUUUCUUUCUAAUGGUAUGGAUCAACAAAUGAAAUUUGAACUUUUAAAAAUGACUCUAAAUGUAUUUUGUUUUUUAAAUGCACAACUGAUUCUUCUAUACUGUAAUGUUUCUUUGCUGAGGCUGGAAAAUGGCCAGACUGCUGACUUUGUGCCUUUAAAAUGCAUUCUGCUUUGAUAGUGGCAGACUUUUUGGUGCUGGAGAAGAUUCACUAGCAGUCUUACAUGUGCUUUUCAGGAAAUAUCUUUCUACUUAGGCCUUGAGAGAUUCAAAAUGGCAUGACUUAGGCUUGGACCAAAUAUAAGAUCUUUUACAUUGCAAACAAACUGUAUUGAAUAAAAGGGUUGAAAAAUAUCAUAAAGACUAAUGGAAAUUUUGAUGGUUGGUAAUUCUUUAAAAUGUAUUUAAAAGUAUACAGACUUUGAAAUUUUCAGUAUGACUAUCUUGAAAAUUUUUCCAUUUUUCUCUUUUACAAAACAUGUUUCUAACUUGAAAAUGGUUAAAGACGAUUGCCUUAGAAAGUUCUCAAAGGCAGUCAACCUUAUUAUAUGAGAGAUUGAAAUGUUAAUGCACAGGCUGAAAUGUAAAAGAAAAGUUAAAACUUAUUUCAGAGUAAAUUGAAUUGGCUUUCAGUUUGAGAGAGCCUUUAUUUUAUUCCCAAUAGAAAGUACAUUAAAAAGGUGCAAAUAUUUUUUUUACAAGAGCUCUCUGCUGCUUUAGUUCUUACAUAUGUCAGGUCUGGUCUGUAGUACUUCUGAGAUGGAGUGGUUAUAAGAUAUGUGAAAUCACUAAGAAAAUCAAAUCUGGAUAGUUUAUAGGGAUGACCAGGCUUGGGUGCAAAAGCCAGGGUGUUAGAUGCAAACUCUGAGCCACAGCAGAGCUCUGUGCCAGUGGUUUCAUUUGAGGUCUAGAGACCAAUAGCUUGAUACAGAAUCACCUGGUGUCAGUCAAAUAGAGGAAUCUAUCAAUUUCUUUUAAAGAGUGUGAAUCUUUUUCACUUGCUUAUUCAAUAAUUGUGGCUUAUUAUGUCAGGUACUAGAUUAACUUAUCCCUAAGUAGGUCAUAGUCUAGGAGGAACCUGGGCAAACAGAUAGACUUAUUUUAUGGCAUACCCUAACUCUGAAAGUUCAGUGAUGUUUUAAAAUGUUAUUGUUUUUUAUGAGAUGAGGGGAAACCAGUUUGGGCAAUCAUUGGCUGUUAUAAACUAAAAUCCUAUUAACAGGGAUUAAAAGUAUCCCCAAAUUGGAGGGACCCCAUAGGUCAGGCGGCCUCUGUCUCAGGACUCCCUCUUAUAUAAAAGUCCAGCCCCUACUCAAUUCUAGUGGUGAGGGGCAUAUAUCCCAUAACAUAGUGAGGGUUUUUUCCUGCUUUUUCUUUUAAAGGGAAAACAAUUUUUUAAAUCUAAAUUAUUAAAAUGCCCAAAAUAUUUGACAGAAGUUGAAUUCUUUCAAUAGUGUUACAUGUGCUAGGAUCAGGACAGUUUCUUAAGACCUUAUUGUUAUAUUAAGUUUGGCUUUUUUACAAAUAUAAUGCUCAUAUUUAUUUGAAUUUUAAGAUUAAGUUAAUGAAAAACAAUUGUUCAUUUUUGGUAGUGCCUUUUUCUCUUUAUGCCUUAAUUUUAUUUUAUAUCAAUAAUAAUUCAAGUUACCCACCACAGUGAAGGUUUUUCCAAAAUCAGUAGGCUUCAAGAGUUCAUUUGGCCUUAGGACUGUAUAUUGGCCCAUAAACCUUUCUUAAUGCCUGCUUCCUCCUCCUACCCUUUUCUACCUCUUUUUAUUUUACAUAUGUGUGUGUGUGUGUGUGUGUGUGUGUGUGUGUGUGUAUAUGUCCAUAUUUUACAUAUAUAUAUGUUCAAAGAGAAACAUUAGCAUUAGUCUGUGAUAGACACACUGCGGUCUCCACUAGACGUGAAUGCCUACAAUAAGGAUAGAAAGAGGUAUUCUAAUUCUAAAGAGACGUAGCAAAUUGUUUUCCAGUUUGGUAACUUGACUUUCAAUCACAUUGGCACUGUCCAAAUUCUUUGUAUAUCAUGGUUCAGUUAUGAUUUUCAUAGCAGAGCUAGAAUGGUUAAUUUUGCCCUAAAGAGGUAAUUUAAAUGGUUUACAAAUGUUAAGGCAAUGAGACUUAGGGCAAUGUGCAAGGAAUCCAGGGAUAGCAGUUCUGAUCCUUACUUUUUAACUAGCAUUUUGACUAAAGCUCUAGCUUACUUUUCUGUGAAGAGAGAAUGUGUGUGUGCGUGCGUGUGUGUGUGUGUGUGUGUGUGUGUGUGGGAGUUGGGGCAAGGGUGGGAAGGAAGGAAAGGUAUGAAUGUUCAACUAGAUUAGUCUCUGUUCUUAGAAGAACAACUGAAAUGUGUAUGACCUACUAAUGAUGGAUAAGUGUAAUCGUCUUCAGGUAGGAACGCCAGCACAUUUUCCACAAGUAGCUAGUACAAGUGAUUGUUUAAUAAAGGUAUUUAUUGUAAAUUGCCAAGCUCUUGGUUGGUAAAAGUAGAUUCAAAUUGAAUUUGUAUGUGUGUAUAAUAGUGAGCUUAUAUAUAAUUCUGAAAUAGAAAAUAAUUGAUUUUGCAUAGUUCUUCAUGAGCUCUUUGGAAUAGAAAUUCUUCCAGACUUUACAAAAACAAGCUUCCUUAGCUUACCAAGUGUUCAAAAGGAAAUUGUCUUAUACCUCUUUUUGGUUGGCUAGGGAAGGCGUGCUGUGAAGCCACUGUUCCUACUUCAUAGUUGUCUUUAGCUUUGCUUUGACUUCUGCCACAGUCUGGACAGGAUGCCAUAAUAGGUAUGGGAAGUAUCAGGGCCAGCCAUCUCUCCAUACUCACCUUUCAGAGCUGUAGAUGGUGAUGAGCUUUCAGGGGAGUCUAGAGAAUCUUCUUGGUGAUAGAGCAGACAUGGUUCAGUUUCAGAAAGCUGAGGGAGGAGUCAUAGUUAAAGAGAAUAAAUUUUUAUUUGUUGCCUCUAUACAGUCUCAUAUGUAACUCUUCCAUAUUUUUCAUAAGUAUGCAUUUUAACUGAUUGUAAUAUGAUAUUUUUGUUAAUAACAGCAAAGGCAUUGAGUCAGUGAGUACUGUUAUUCCCUAUGCCUGAUGACUCCUUGUUUGUAUUUACAAUCUGUAUUAUCGGAAUCACUUUAAACCAAAGCUUUUAUAUUCCCUGCACACAUAGCCAAAAUGAUUAUCACUGUUACUUCUGCCCACCUGUAAGCUAAUGGUAUAAACAUGUUAAAGCAGAUACUUGUAGAAUUUGUAUCUCAAUCUAUCCUUCAAGUAAAAAGACAGGUGCUCAGUGUUUGCAUUUAGACAUACAGAACUUACUUCAACUAUUACAGAACUACAUAAACGUUACAAAUUUGAGCUUGUACAUGUGCCAAUCUUACUGUCAUUUGACCAUCAAUGCAUAUACAUAUAUGUUGACAUAUGAUGCCUCAGGUUGGUGGCAUACUUUCUUCCUAGUGUCUUAACAUUUAUGAACUUGUGUUUGACUUGAGGGGCAUUUUAGGAAAGCUGUGAAGAAAAGUAGGUUAUGGGCUGAUGUCUGCUUUGUGCCGUCAACAUUUUGGAACGUAAGGAAGAGCCUGCUCUCCAGUAUACAUGCAGAAUUUGUCCCCACAUAAGGAUUUCUGAGUCCCUUCAUACCAGUUGAGAACAGUAAAGUUUGUGACUAUACUGAAAAGCACUUUUGUGUUCAUUUAUUUAUAUAUUUUUAGAAUAAAAAAACCCCGUGUAACUAGUGGUGAUUUUAGCAUAAGCAUUACUUGGAGGGAAGAGAUAAGUAACAGAGUCACAUCUUAAGCUCUAUUAGAUUCUUAGGCUCCAAAAUGGAUUUGACAUAUUCUCAUUUUUCCAAAGACUUUCCACCUGGAAUAAGAAGAAAGGACUAGUGGAAAUAUUUGAGUUGGAAAGGCUUAUGGGCAAAGGAAAGUGGGCCAAACCCUUGCAAUAUACCCUGUUCAAGUGCAAGUACAGUGUCUACGGAUAAGAAUACUUCUUUAAAAACAAACAGUUGUUUGUAAUACAAUCUUAAUUAGUAAGUAAAAAGUUUACAUUUUUUCUAUUGCUAUUGGUUUUAAAAUUUGCUACCCUGCAUUCUGAAAUAUUAUAAGAGUUAAUACCAAAAAUACUUUUAAUGUCUGACAUCUCUUACAUUUCACAUGGUUCUUUUUAUUCAAAUAUCAUUGUAAAUAAAAGUAAACUUGGAUAAAUUUGAGAAUAGACUUUUAAUUGUUGCAAACUAUGGUUGUCAAUUUGUAAAUUUACCCUUUGACCUAAUGUACAUUUUUUAAUGUAGCCAUUAAAGUGUCUAUAUUUAAUCUAUUAGUUUCUCUCUGUAAACGUUUUUAAUCUCAGUUGAAUGCUGGGCAGUUUAUAAUUAUGUACAAAGGUGUUUUUUUCCUAUCAAAGUUGACUUUUGCACAUUUUUGGAAAUGUUUAAUUUGUACACUGAUUUACUACUCUGACCAAUAAUUGUUGAUGGAUGUAUGAGUAUCAUGAAUGCGUGCAUUGAACUACUGUCUGUGUCUUUGUUUUAACUUCUUUCAAGAUGUAGCCAUCAGUAACUGCACUGCUAUUACUGACUUAAAUGGACCUUCUUGCUUUUACAAAGUAUACUUACCUAUGGUUCUAUCUUUGUUGAAGAACUCAGGAGUUCAACAUCACUUUCUGAUUUUAUAUGUAUUCUAAAAUCCAUGACUAAGUUGAAAGUAUGCUGGUAACUCUGCGUAUCAGGGGGUGUGUGUGGAGAUGUCUUUGUCUGUCUGUAGGCACAUGUAUAUAUCCCAGUAAUUUCUUACUUUCAUUUCACUUCUACAUUUUUAUGAACUUGUUUUAUAAGGGUACUGUUUAGUUAGAAUAAUUAAAUAUAUAUAAAAGCUUUCUGAGAGAUUAUUUACUAUAUGAAUAUAUUUUCAGCUGGCUGAUCAAAAAUAUUUUUUUAAUUUUGUUUUUAACCAUUUAAAAUGCAUUUGUAUUUCCAGAAUUGGAUGCAAAUUUACUUAGAUAUCAACUAAAAUACUCUUGCAAGGAAGGGCAUUGAAUUCUCUUGAGGAUUCUGUGAAAUGCAAAUUAAGAGGAAAAAUAGGUUUUAAAGCAGUAGCAAAAACACACUGUCCAUUAAAAUGGCCUUUGAAUUCUCAAAGCUAUGAAAAAAUGUGAGAAACUAAAUUGUCUUGAAGAGAUGUCAAGAUUUUUUAUAUCUCAAUUGCUGUUCGCCUGUCCUGUUGUUUUUGAAUAUUUCCUAUAUUCUACCCUAAAGAUUUCAACUUUUAGUUUUUCUCUUACUGGGCAAAGUCAGACCACAUUUAUAAAACAGUACAUUGACAUAUUGUGAUCCUCUGUAAUUGAGUAUAAAUUGGUUUAGAAAUAUUUGAACAUACAUUGUUGUGUCUUUAGACUGUACUGUGUAUUUUAAGUAACUGGCAGAAAAAGAAUUGGAAAUUUAAUUUCCAAUCUGACAAUGUUAUUGUACUUAAGGAAAACCUUGUUUUUAAUAUGCGGUACCACGUAAAAAUUAUUUGUAUUAGGAAUAAAGUCCACUGUUGAAGUUGAAUGUCACUAAGCGUAUUAUGUUACAAGGAGCCGGUAUGAUUAGAAAAACCUACCAGAAGCCAGAUACAGUGUGGUAUGUGCCACAUUUCAUGCACAUUUUGACUUUGUGUUGUUCAUUCAAAAUUGUGCUUGUAAAAAUGUAUAAAAUUUCUGAGUUUUACAAUUUUUUGUACUUAUUUUUUCUUGCUGGUAAAUAGCUUUUUUUUUUAAUCUAAUGUGAAAGAAACCAUGUUUAUAUUUUGUUAGUGAUCAAUGACUUUGUUUAUAUGGAAAUUUGUAUAUUGUUGGCUCACAUCUUUGUUUAGAUUUAUCGUGCAUGAAGGCCUGCAAUAAUUAGCACAAUGAAAAUUGCUUUUUCUUACAUGUUCAUUUUUUGAAAGAUUGUGGUGCAAAGGCUUACUCUGAGUAACCUUCUGGACUUUGGAAUGAAUAUAAAUGAAUGGCACUUUGAGUGUUAAUAAAGCUGAUAUUUAUUUCCACUGUGA